UAAUUCUUUGCUCAAUGGAUCACUUUUAUAAAAACAAUCCUUGAACUGGUAUUGUGUUAAUAAGCAUACCGGUACGCAUGUUUAUAAUAAAAUAAUGUUUACAUAUGAAAAACACGGAAAAAGAGCAAUUACAUGUAUCUGGAUGCGUAUCACAAAUAAGAUAUAUAUGAAUAUUCUUGACCAUGCCAUCACAUUUUGUGUAAAAUCAGUUGGAAACCGCAAAAAGGGCUAAAUUCAACAAUGUAAUGGCUUCUUUGUAUUUUGAAGAAUUUUGGUUAUUGGGGUAUACAUAAUAAACCCAUGUCCUUAUUUGUACAAAACCACGAAUUUGUUUCUUUGGCAAGCGAUGGUUAUUAAAGGAGCAAAAUAUAAGCAUGCGCGUAAGUUAGCUAGAUACUAUUUUAAGGACAUUAUACACAACUGCAGUUGCUCAAGCCAAUCACAACAGUAAGACUUUCAUCUUUGUCAGUUCUCAAUUAGCCUCAUCAUCAUAUACGUUGUGCUGUAGUUAUGGGGUCAGAAUUGCCAGUCUUGUAUAAUCCUGGUUCACAAAGGAUACUGGCAAAGAAUAAUAGCGCUAAUAGCUAGAGUAUUAAUAUCGUUAGUUCUUUAGGAGUUUGAAAUAUAUCACUGUAAGGUAGAUGUUGUGCUUUUUAGAACAUCGGAGACAGACAGUUAAAAAAAUGCAUAUAGAAAUUAAUGCACAUGUAUUUUUUGCAGUAAUGACGCUGCUAAAGAAAUUGCAAGUAAGAUAUUAGAGAACUUGCAGAAUAAAAAAAGGGAGUCGAUCACAAUCGAGCAACUCGAGGAAGUAAUGACACUACCUGAACGCCGCGAGGACUUGAGCGAGGUUUGGCGCCGUCAGCUUGUGUCAAGUGCCCUGAUAUCCGCGCAUGUGCCCUUUCUUUCCCUGGAAAAGAUCCACGUGCAGCAAUGUAUCCGGGAAGUCCUGCAUGAGACUCGGUACUCGACUAGCGAGCGCGAGACGGAAGCUUUGGUUACCAAGGUAGUGGAUAAGAUGACCUACUUCCCCGAGCCAAUAAAAAGGUUCUCUAGGACUGGCUGCAAAGACGUUCGUGAAAAGAUUUAUCAAGAGUUGGAAAUCGAUUUGAUGGAACAAUAAUGUUUAUUCCGGAUGUGAAUUGUUAAAGUCAAAUAACUGAGGCAGUCUUUUAAAAACUAAUGUUUAUUAUUCCAAUAUUUUUAAAAUACAUAUAUCUUAUGGUUGUUCCUUUUAAUGGAAAAUCAAAAUUGUUGUUGGUAAUAAAGAAUACAUGUUUUUCAGUUAAAAUUGUU